AUGUUUUCCUUCUCGUCGUGGGCUCGCCCCACAGAAACUUACCACAGCAAGAGCUACGACCGUAUCUCCAAACACCAUGGCUUCGAGGGACAAGGCAAGACAGUCUUAGUCACGGGUGGCGCGAGUGGUGUUGGCUUCGCUAUCUGCAAAGCCUUCGCAGGAGCUGGCGUUGCACGUAUCGCCAUUGUGUCGCGUUCAGCCGAGCCGCAGGAGAAAGCUCGGGAUGAGCUUAUCGCUGCCUGGCCAGCCACGGAAGUAUUGGCAUACCAAGGCUCUGUCACCGAUAGCGCGCGCAUGUCGGAGAUUUUGCACCAUCUCGGCACGGUGGAUGUGCUUGUCAUGGGCGUCGCCGCCGUCCAUCAACGGGCUAAAGCGACCGGUAUCAGCACAGAGGAUGUUCAAACAGCUUUUAAUACAAAUGUAAUUGCGACAUUCAACCUGACCAAAGCCUAUCUCGAAACACCUAUGCCCGCGUCCGGCGGUAAGACAGUCAUCAACAUUUCAUCCGCCGUGGCCCAGGUUUCGGAUAAGCUGCGUUCCGCUUAUGGGGCCAGCAAGGCUGCCGCGGCACAAUUGAUGCAGUGUUUCGCGGCCGAGAGAGAAAGCGAUGCCGUGAGAUUCUUCUCCUUUCAUCCUGGGACCUUCUACACGCCGGUGGUUGCUGCACACUUCAAACGAGAUGAAAUCCCGUGGGACGAGCCGGAACUUCCCGCGGAUUUUACAUUGUGGCUUGCUGGGCCCGAAAGCAGCUUCUUGAAUGGUCACUUUCUUUGGGCCCAUUGGGAUGUGGACGAACUGAUCGCAAUGAAGGACCGGCUGGCCGAGCGGACCACGUUGUUGACAAUUGGACUGGUCAUCUAA